CUAUAACAUUGUAUUACUAACGUUGUGCCCAGUUUUGGGUUUGACUCUUGAUGCUUUAUCUACCUUCUUUUUCAUUUUUAUUACUUUCUUGAUUGAUUUUAGGUUUUCCUGCUUCAUAUUAUCUUUUGUUUGGGUUUGAUUCUUGAUGUUUUCUCUAUACUUAUUUAUUUAAUUAUAAGUUUUAUGCAUUUUAUCUCUUAAUUUUUUAAAAAUUGCCGCAUUUGUUUCGAUUUCCUCUAUCAAGCUUAAGUCCGUCGAUUAUAUGUGGUCAGAUUCUCUUUUCAUUCUCCUGCGUUUCAUUGUGGUUUGACUGCUUAGGUUUGAUUAUUUGAUGAAUUUGUUGUAUGAUCAGCAUUUCAUUACUUAAGAAGUUAAGAUGUUGUUUACAAGUUAUAAGCAAAGACAAGAGCUUAUCCGGAGAAGAAAUUGUUGGACAUAAAGAGAUGUUCAAAAUGAUAGACACGGACAAUAGUGGCCAAAUCACUUACGAAGAGCUUAAGGUUGGACUUGAAAAGGCUGGUGCCAACUUCCAGGAGUCUGAAAUUUACGUCUUAUGCAAGCAGUUAGGGUUGGGAAACCAGAAGCUCUUGUCUUUGUUUAUAAAGGGCCAAGGGGUUUUGAUUUGAAUCCACCACUAGACAUGAUUUUUUUUCCAGGGUUCUUGGUAUUCCCCUCUUAGUUUUUCUGCAUUAAUUUCAAUUCUAUGGGUGGGUUGCAUGGUUUAUAUUUUUCUGUUGUGCAAUUAGUAAACUGUUUUUAUGAUGGACUCUAAUCUACGUACCUGAAUUUCAUUCAUACAUACGAAAAGAAUUUCUAUAAAAUGUACAGUAUCUUCUUUUCUGCGAUUGUUGUUCGUAAAUAUGGGGUAACCUUAGAACUAAUUGCUUCUUGGUGGAGCAAGAAACCGACUGAACUUGAUGUCUAACAAUCUUAAAGUGCAAUUUACUUGCUCUCAAAUUUUCCAUCUAAUAAUAGAUGUUGUCUUUGAAGUUUAGAAAUAUUUGAAUAUUAGUAUUAUAAUUGUCCUGAUUUUGUGUGAUACAAUUUAGGGUUUUGUGGUUUUAAUUUUGCCUAAUUUUGUUGUUUUUGUUAAUUUAUCAAUCUUAACCGUAUUUUGGUUCUUAAUUUUGUUUUUCUGGGUUUAGUAGUUCAUCGUGUUUAGGCUGCCUCAAGGUUUUUCUUGGCAUUCUUCAAGGUUUUUCCCUCACAUUUAGGCUUCCUCAGAUCCUCCUCAUAUGAAGAAAAGUGGUAUGAGUUUGAUCUUCGCCUUUGUUUGCGUUACUUUUCUCUUUUAAUGUUGUUCAUCACGCUAUUCUUCCAUUUAUGCUUUUUGUUAUGGUAUUUAGAGUGCCUUAUUUAAGAUCCAAUGCUUUUUGUUAGUAGAAUAUAGAUUAUAUUUCAUUGUUUGUUCAUUUGUCACCUUGACUAUAAAUGUAAGAAACUUUUGCAUCUGCCUUUACAAAGGUUGGCUUCAGGGCUUAAGCAGCUAUUUCAUAUUGUGAGAAGGUUGUAUAUGUCUGUAAAUCAAGGAUGCAACGUUUGUCAAAUGAACCGACAGGUUUUUACUUGGUUGUUUAUAAAUGCAAUACUUGAUGUUUUACGAGAUUCUAUUUUUAUCUUCUACUACUGUACCGGUUUUUACUUGGUUUGUUUAUGAAACUUUUAUCUGAAAAAAUAACUCCUUAUGCGGAGUUGAAAUGUUAGUUAAACAAAUAGUAUCUCUGCAUAAUGUAGAAAAUUUAGUUUUAACCAUGAUUGAUGUAUGUGUUGCAUCACUUUGUAAGGUUAUUCUGCACUUCAAACAAGUGAUCCAAAAUGUUUUUGAUUUCUUAGCUAAUUGCUACUUAGUUAUCUUCGUUUAUGCUUACAUUUUCUCUAUCAAGCUUAAGUCCGUCGAUUAUAUGUGGUCAAAUUCACUUUACAUUCUCCUGCAUUGAAUUGCUGUAUGAGCAUCCGACAUGGUACCCGUCAAAAGCGAGUGUGAACUUGUACAUGCAGGCACCUCCAGUACUCGACGAGAUGAAUCGACCAAAUCUCUCCCAACCACUGUUUGACUUGAUGGGUAAAAUUCCUUGCGGCGUUGAGCAUGUGACAGGUCCAUCACCAACGAAAGCAAGCAAGAAAUAGAACCCAAAAACAGUAAGCUUUGGAGCAGCUUUAGACUUAGUGAAGUAUAGAAAACCCAAAUAAGGGAAGAGAGAAAAGGCAAAGAGUUGAGAAGCAAUGCUUUGAUAAUCAAUGAUGGGAGCCCAUGGGUCUACAGGUAAUAAACCACACACAAUAACUCCUUUUCUUCUAUUUCUUUUUUUUGCUACACUGCCAUUAUUAAUGGAGUUGAAUUUAGUUAAGUCUCUUAUCUUCAUAAAUGAAGAUGAAGGAAUUGAAGGGAAAAUUGAAGUUGGGUUUUGUGUGAUAUGAACAGAACAAAUGUAACUGGAUGCCAUUGUUAUCUGAAUUGGAAAAACUUGAACA